CGGUCGGCGCAGCCCCGCCGCCGGCCGGGGCGGGCAGAGCCGGAGCGGCGCGGAGGGGAGCGACGGCCCGAUGGGGCGGCCGGCCGGCAGCCUGGCCCCGCUCCGGCUGCUGCUGCUUCUGGCGCUGGGACACGCCUGGACCUACCGGGAGGAGCCGCAGGACGGCGACAGGGAGGUGUGCUCCGAGAACAAAAUCGCCACCACCCGGUACCCGUGCCUGAAACCCACGGGAGAGCUCACCACCUGCUUCAGGAAAAAAUGCUGUAAGGGUUAUAAGUUUGUUCUUGGACAAUGCAUCCCUGAAGACUACGAUGUCUGUGCUGAAGCUCCCUGUGAACAGCAGUGCACAGAUAAUUUUGGACGAGUCUUAUGCACUUGCUAUCCUGGAUACCGCUACGAUCGGGAGAGGCACAGGAACAGAGAGAAACCUUACUGCCUGGAUAUCGAUGAAUGUGCCACGAGCAACGGGACUCUGUGCUCUCAGAUCUGUGUCAACACCGUAGGCAGCUACAGGUGCGAGUGUCAUGAAGGCUAUGUCCGGGAGGAGGAUGGCAGGACAUGCACCAAAGGAGAUAAAGCUGGGCUUCCUGAGAAAUCUGAAAAUGUGGCAAAACCGGGGACAUGCUGUGCCUCUUGUAAGGAAUUCCAUCAAAUAAAGCAGACAGUUUUACAGCUGAAGCAAAAGGUUGCUUUGCUGCCAAAUAAUGCUGCUGAUCUUAGCAAGCAAAUCACUGGUGAAAAAGUGCUUGCCUCUAAUGCAUAUAUCCCUGGCCCCCCAGGCCAGCCUGGCCAACCAGGCCCUCCAGGGGCUCCAGGACCUAAAGGGAGUCAAGGAGCUCCUGGAUUACCUGGACCUCCUGGACAGCCAGGCCCUCGUGGAUCAAUGGGACCUAUGGGCCCAUCUCCAGACAUUUCACACAUUAAGCAGGGCAGACGGGGCCCUGUGGGCCCACCUGGAGCCCCAGGGAGAGAUGGUAGCAAGGGGGAGAGAGGAGCACCAGGACCAAAGGGGAUACCUGGCCCACCGGGUUCAUUUGAUUUCCUAUUGCUGAUGAUGGCAGACAUCAGAAAUGACAUUGCUGAGCUGCAAGAGAGAGUGUUCGGACACAGGACUCAUUCAUCAACAGAAGAGUUUCCAUUACCUCAGGAAUUCACAAACUAUCAUGACACAGUAGAUUUUGGAUCUGGAGAAGACUACAAACCACGGGCAGCAUCCAGAAACACCAGGAUACAGAAGGCAGACCAUCCUUAGCUAUUCCACUGAAAAACAAAGCCUCUUCAGAAUUCUUCAAUAUAAAAAAUGCACUGACAAUGUUUAUAUAUAUAUAUAUAUAUAUAUAUAUAUAUAUAUAUAUAUAUAAAAUUUCCCAUCUUUCUUUCUGCUUUUCCUGAACCAUGCUGCCUGUACUGUAGCUUUCCUGGUUCAUGGUAGCCUCCUUGCAGAAAUUCCAUACUGCCAAGCCUGCACUGUGCAUUGUACCUAGACUAUCAGAAAAUCCUUCUUAGCAUAUUAUAUGAUUAAGGCAUGCUCUAGCUAAUAACACAGAUCACAGCAUUCCAUCUGCCUGCUUUGCAUUCUAUAUCCAAAUGACCCAGUACACAAAUUUUGCCAGGGACAGAGGAUUAGCUGAACAUCAUCCCUGAAUGAUGUUGAUAAUGAACACCUUGGUCCACAGUUACUUUAUGAAUGCAAAUAAAUUAUACCACUGAAUUCAAGUCUCCAGCUACUGUCCCCAGGCUUAGGAGAGUGUAAGAAGUGGAUCCCUGUUUCACAGCAGAGGCCAUCUGUAAGUGAGACAUGUCCUCUAUUAUGCCUCAUCAAGGCAGAAAAAAAAAAUAUAUAUAUGUUGAAGGGUUAAACAAAAGUGAUGCUGCUUGAUCAGGAAAUUAUUUGGUUUUGUGUUGCUAGAGUAUUGUUCAAAGACAGUCAAAAGAUGUGUGUGUCCUAAACUACUCUAGGACACACACAAACACUACUUUUUCUUUACCAUUAUCCCACUGCUCAGUGUGAAGGCCAGUUUGCUUUCUCAACAGAUUCAUGUUGGAUACAUUACACAAAGAUGAGCAAGAUUAAGGGGAUGUUUAAAGCAGGAAACCAAAUCAAAAUUUAAUCAAGCAGGCUUAUUGACAAGAACAAAAUAUAUCCCAGCCUUGCAGAAAGAGCCCAGUUCUGACUUCCUGCAGGUGCAUGUCUUUCUUGGUGAAAUUCUGAAGCCUGAGUGAAAUCAAGACCAGAGAGAGACCUCAUGUUUGCAAAGAGCUUCCAUCUGUUUUGUUCCUCUGCUGCAUGAGACCAACCUAAAUGGCUUUCACUCAACUGGAGCACAGAGUGGCAGCUUGUUUGGCUGGGUGUGUGAGGAGUGUGAGAAGGUGCAGGAGUGCACAUGACAAAACAUUUCAACUGGUACGAGGAUGGCUAAGGUGAGGUACUGCACAUGGGAUCCUAUACUUGUGAAUGGGGAUAAAAGGGAGUGCCCUUUAUUUACACUGGAAAAUUGGAUGCACAAGUUAUACCAUACCUCAUGGAUGAUGUAUGUUGCCAUUUCUUUCGGAUUACCACAGCUGCUGAGGACUUCGCCAUGCUUAGAAUAUAAAGGAGUAUAUUAAGCACAAAAUUUCAAUGUUGUGUCUGCGUAGCUGCUACUUCUACAGUAUGUUUAGUGUUCAGUAAUGUUCAUGCCACAAAUGCAAAGAAAAAGUUGUUACUUUGCCAUGUUUUUCAGGGCUUGCAAGUUUUAGUAGAAUAAAUACAGGUAAAAAUAUAAGAAGGGCCUUUUCAGAUAACACAUAAAGGUUUGGAUUCCCUUCCAUAUUCUGUGGGCCAAAAGAUAGUUGGUGUAAUCCUGACAGCAUCAGUACAGGUCAUGCUGCAUAAACAGCUGGUUGUCUACACUUUUCCAUAACUUCUGUGUACUGUCUUAGAGAGUAUGUUCAUUCCUUUAGCCGUUUCCCAACAUCUCACUGCCACUAAGCCACAAGCCAGGGCAUUAGCUUUUAAGAACAUGAAUGUUCUGUAUUUCUUUUCACAUUACAUCUGUAUCAUUAUUUUCAAAGCAAUGCCUAAGUCGUGGGGAUAGCUGAAAAAAAAUAAUAGUAACCUUACCUUGUGGUCCUUGGGCUUCUCCUCUGUCUGGGAGGAGCUCUGCCAGGAGCUGCAGAUUCAAGUAAUCUUGUGAAUCACAUAAUAAGGGAGAAUUGAGGAAGGUACCUGUGUCCAAAAGAGAGAUGGUCUUAUAUGCAACAAGCUGAAAAAAAACCUCAAAGAUAGAAUGAACUGAGGCAUUUGUGUCUUCUAAAUUGCAAACAGGCAACUAAGUAUAAAUGACAUCAUUUAUUAAGAUACAAUUUUAAUUCAAUUUGUUAAAUAUCAAAUGUUGUAUUUUUAAAUCUAGCAAAUUACGGAACCCUUGCAUAUGUUUACCACUGCACCCUGCUGGAUCAGGCUGGUUCCUACUAGAGAAUUAGUAGCUGCAGGUUUUUGACCAUCACAUACUGAAUGAUCUAAGUUAUGUUAGAUGAGUCACUUCCUACAUAUAAACUAAAUUAUAUUGCCCACUGCCCACAAGGUGAUGUUCUAAAAAAGGCACUUAUUUUAGUUCUAAGUUCUGCUUUUCCGAAUAGAGGCACAUACCAAAUGAGAAGUUCCCGAAGUUUGACCAUCAAAUUCAGGGAGAGGUGACAACUGCCCUGCUUAUGCCUGGGGAAGAGCUAUUCUGAGACUGGACCAGAAAAGCAGAUAAAAUACAUAUUUCACUGUAAGUACAGCAAGUUGUGCUACAGAUUCAUGAAUAUAAGCAUAGUUCAUGUUUACAUGCCUUUCUGAAUGGAAACCUCAAUUAUUUCCCUUUCUGGAGCUGGCAUCAUUGGCUUUCAAUUUUCAGUACUUAAAAAAAAAAGGUAACAGAAUGUGUUCCUUGGGUUUGCCCUUGUCCUUACCCUUCUCUGUACAAAUUUCCUGCUUCAAAAGUGUUUGAGUCCCAGCAGCAAGGAGGGGCCACUAUGGCAAAGACCACCCAACAUGACAUAGGAAUUUCUGCAGCAGGGAGAGUCCCUCUGAGCACAGCCAGCUGGGAAGGGUCAGCCUUUGGUCUGCAUCCAGCUGAGAUCUUUGCAUGGAACUUUCUCAUUUCUGAUUACCUGUAUAACUCAUUGUAUCAACAAUAUUUCAGUCAGAUUUUGGGGUAAACACAUAAAGACUGAGAAAAGUGUCAUUUUCUUCAGCAUACCCAAAGUUUCAUAAAGUCAGAGCAGAGGAAUCAUUUCCAGUCUUAAGUUUUGUUACUGGUAGCCAGAGAAGUCAUUACCUUGCAAAUUAUUUAUUACUCUGUGGCUCCAAAAAUAAGAAACUCUUCCAAGAACCCAAAACAAGGAAGUAGAAACUUCUACACUCAUGGCUAGUCUCAUUACCAGGCUCAUGCACAUGACAACUUUGUUUCAUAUAAAUGGUAUGUAUAAUUUUAUUAGAAAGAAAUAUUAUUUUGAUGUUAAGACAUCAAAUUAUAAGCAGAAGGAUAAUAAAGAAUUUGUUAUUUUAUUAAUAUUAGAAAUAUAUUUAAUGAGAACAUUUGCAAGAGUGUGUAGUGAUGAGAAAAUUCUGUUUGUUAAUGAGUUUAACAAAAUCAUGAAUCUUGAAAAAUGUUUUCUUUCAACACUGUGCCAAGUACAUAAAAGUUUAGUCUUUCUUGCAAAGCUGUAGUUCUGGCACACAAGAAUUCCUAUAUAGUCAGGCUAAAUUAGGAAAAUGAGAGGAAAAUUGAUUGUAAAUGGAAUUAGGGUAAUGCCUGGUGUUACUGUUAGCAUCACAGCUUGCAUAGCCUUCUGCCUAGAAGUAUUUCAGAGUUAAUGUACCAAGUCCCAGAGCAGCAACAAAAGGUGGGGGUGGGGUCCAAUUCUCUGUUAAUGUCACAUUUUAAAAAAUCUGUAUGUUUGUUCCUCUUACACAUUCCAAUAACUAUACUGUUCACUUUAUUUAUAUAUGAAAUACUAAAAUGUGUAUAAGAUGACUGUGAUUUUAUGAUGUAUUCAUAAUAACAAAGAUAUUUUUUCUUACACUGUUGGUAGCUGCUUUUUUGUUACACACUGCCCUUUCUCUGGAGCAAGAGUGAUGUUGGCAGGAAGAAAGAGAUGGCAAGAAAUCUCCUUACGCUGCCUCCUAGCAUUUUUCUUGGAGCUGAACAAUACUGUCAUAGUUCUUUGACUCUGGGGCGCGAGUUUUGCAAGCUGGGGUGGGUUUCAGUCUUUGUAGGGAUAAAGCACACAGGCACCUCUGCUCUGGAUGGGUGGUGGCUCCUGUGCCACAUCAGCGGGCUGCAUGAGGCUGGGUCCCGCAGCCCCACCGCAAGCUGCCGGGUGUGCGCAGCUUGUGCGCGUCCCGGGGAUGCGAUACGGGGCUCCGGAGCUCUCUGGCAUCCCACCACCGCCAAAGGGGGAAUAACACAUAGGCUCCACCAGGCCUUGGCUGCCCCUCGCACGCCCCUCCCCGCAGCCCCAGGAGCGUCCUGCGGGCUGU